AUGAACACAUAUCGGUCGGAGAGGCUCCUCCUCAGUCCAAAUCCUAAGAGGAUUGGCUCAAGUUUCGUAGAGUUCGAGAGCGAAGUGAAUAAGAUCAAAGAGAACGGCAAGAAGUUUAUCCAAAAUAUCCGUAAGAGGUCUUACAUCUCUCCUCAAGCUUCGAGGAACAACCCGUUCCUGAUGCCUAGGAAAAAUCGGAACUUAGCACAGAGGACCUUUAUCGAACGGGAGCCAGCAAAGCCACCAGUGAUAAAAUAAGACACCUUCAUUCCUUGAGCCAGGAAACUUUUUCCUCACAGGGAAGUACAAGAAGUUGAUUCAUAAAACAAUCUAUCAGAGAUUCAGCAACCGGCCAAGUGGCAAAAACCUGACUGUGACAAAUAGAACUGGCGAAGCCAGAUCUAUUUCACGAAUCAAAUAGAGAUAUUUCGGACAAAAUUGAAGAAAUAGUCAACUCUAGAGAAAAACAAGAGAUUCUCAAAAGAAGUAUCAAGGACAUUAAACGAAAUAAAAUUGUACAAAAUGAGAGAUCUACUGGCACUAGCCGUGUUUGGAACCUUAAUGCUCUGAUGAGUCCUUUCAAACCCCCAAGAAAGCAGUAUUACACUAGAAAUAGCACUGAACGGAUUAAGAGAGCUACAAAGAAGAAAAAGGAACUUGAUCUCAGGAAGCGUCUGCAGAUGAUCCUUCUUUCAAAAAGAUGGGUAAUUCACCGUAAAGCCAGGAAAUACAACUCUUCACUAAAUUCGAGUCGUCAAAGAAAUAAUAGUGACCUAAAGACGGGACCCAGCUGAUAGACUUGGCUACUCUAGGUUGUAAUUAAGCCUAAGAAUUUCUGCUAAAACUGCAAGGAAAUUAUAAAACAACCCAGAUGAUUAGUUCAGACCAUUUUUAAUAAAUUUAUUCCCAAUUUCAAUUUUUG